AUGAGCGCCGAUCUCGCCGCGCUUCGCGCGUACGUCACCGCGGAAACGCACGCACAGCGACCGGCGGCGACGACGAUUCGCUUGCGCGUGUCGCACAGCAAUCUCAAGACGAGUUUUCUCGAGAUACGCUUCGACGCGCACCAGACGAUCGAUGAGGUGAAGCGAAAACUGAUGACGCACUGCGGGAGUAACGCGUCGGCGAUGACGCUCGUGCUGCGCGACGUCGAUGGGUCGGUGGUGGCGGUGAUGGGCGAUGAGACGAGAAAGUUGGGCUAUUACGGCGCGAGCGACGGGAUGGAGUUGCACGUCGUCGACAACGAUCCACAGUCGUUGUCCGCGAACGGUUGGCUCGAGGACGUGAGCAAAGUUAAAAAGUAUGAGAUGUCGGACGAGGAUUACGAAAAGCGCGAGUCGACGUAUCGAAAAUGGAAACGCGAACAAGUGGCGAGAGAUCCGUCGUGGACGAUUGAAAAACACAUGGCGGAGCAACGCGGACAGACGUACAUUGAGGUCGGGUCGAGGUGUGAGGUGAAUCCGGGCGCCAAGCGAGGGGUGGUGAAAUUCGUCGGUCGAUGCGAGGCGCUGCCGCCGGGAUUUUGGAUUGGCGUGCAGUUCGACGAACCGGUGGGGAUGAACAACGGCACCGUGAAAGGGGUGAAGCUCUUCGAAUGCAACGAUGGGUACGGAUCGCUGCAGCGCCCGAAGAACGUGUCGUGCGGAGACUUCCCGCCUUUGGAUGACGUUGACUUUAGCGAGGAUGAAAUUUGAAUACAGUUUCUGUU